UAUUAGUAUCGGUGUUAGUAGCCGAGAGCCGAUAUCGUGUUCGGGUAGCCACGGCAACCGACGCCAUGCCUCAAACUAUUUAUCACUGUACUUGCGCUCGCUUUGGAAGAACAAGAUUUCUUGUUAAUUCGCGAACCAAUAAAAUGAGUGGUGAACCGGGAGAAUUUCGAACCAGCCGGCUCGACUUUAUGAUCGAUUAUACAAGCUUAAAGGUGGAACUCGAGGACGCGCUUAGAAGCGACGAAUUAUACAAGUUACAAAACGACGCGAAACUCAGGGCGGUCGAACAAAAUGUGCCCACGUACGACGCUUUCCGUCAAAUGGUAAAUGCUGCGCACCUGAGGCCAUUGGAGCGGGACGACUGCUCGUUUAAAGCCAAAGGAGGAUCGUUUUGGAACCCAGUCGCAACCAACGAUCGCUCUAAACCGCAGAACAAUCGUAAUUCCAAUGUUCGAAUCCGAAACGAACGACUCGAUGCCGAGAAUGCCGAAAAUAGCGGUCUCCUCACGUGCGAACAGUUUACACGAGCUUGGAAAACGAUCGAAGAUCGCGAGGCAAAGUUUCGAUAUCUUGAUAGCUUCAAAGACCUGUUUGCAGAAAAGAUCUUUCGCAGGGGUAUUCCCUCGCCGUUGUUUACCGAUUUUAUGGAUCUAUGCCACGAAAUGAUUUCGACUACGGACAACGUUGCGAACAUCGUAGAGAUUCUAAGCGCUCUAAGCAAAUGCGAUCGAUUUUCCUUGACGAUCAGUUUCAUGGCAAAAAAGGAGAAGGAAACGUGCACGCAAUUAUUCGAUCGAUUGAUCGACCAUGCGAAUCAACACGGAGGCAAUCUUCUGUUAAAUGCGAUCGAGUCGUUGAGGUUAAUCUAUAUUCUGUAAAAUCAACUAACUGAACAGAGUUUCUUAAAUCUUUCGAUCGAUCGUUGUUCGACCAACGAUUCGAAAAGCCAAUUAGAUGCACAACAUCUAGGAUGCAUAAAUAAAUAUGUACGCAUCAAAUUCUAAUACAUUCUGUAUACCGUU